AUGCGUCCUCCCAGAGGCGGCGGAGGGUUCAGGGGCCGUGAUGGCGGGCGCUUUGGCGGCGGGAGAGGCGGGCGCUUCGGUGGCCGUGGUGGCGGUGGCUUUCGCGAUGAAGGCCCUCCGGCUGAAGUCGUAGAGAUCUCGUCGUUUCUUCAUGCUUGUGAGGGAGAUGCUGUGACGAAGCUCACCAAUGAGAAAGUGCCUUACUUUAAUGCUCUGAUUUAUCUUCAGAACAAGACGCAGAUCGGAAAAGUGGAUGAGAUCUUCGGCCCCAUCAAUGAAUCAUAUUUCUCUAUUAAGAUGAUGGAAGGGAUAAUAGCAACUUCUUAUUCCAAGGGAGACAAGUUCUACAUUGAUCCUGCAAAGCUGUUGCCAUUGUCAAGAUUUCUCCCACAGCCAAAGUAAGUUUUGUUUUUUUAAUCUUUUUAUUUUGUGGUGAUUCUUGAAAUUUUGAAAUUUUCCCCUACUUGAAUUGCUGUUUAUAACUACUGUAAUCUGCAAUCUGUGAUGUAUUAUUAGGGGAAAAAAAUUUCAUUCAUAAGGCAUAGGUUUGGGAAGUUGAAGUACAGAAUACUUGUAAUCGUAAAAUUACCUCUCUAAUCUAACCUGAAAUAGGUUGUCUCUUGAUUGUGUAUAUACUGCUGAUUGAGUUA